AUGGCCAAGCUAGGCUUCAGACGGGUCAUGAAGCGCCUGGGUCCUGCCAAAGGUCCCAUAAUUACCGAUCACAGACAGAUCGCUGACCCCCCUAUCUGCGCAGCAGCGCCACAAGUCUAUCUCCCGCAUGUGGACACACAAUUGAACAUGCACCAGCAUACCGAUCUCGAAGAAGCGGUCACCGACGCCCAGACCCAGAACGGUACUUGCCUUCCCAGACCCCACACCCGCACCAUCUCACAUUCCGCAGGGGACUCCCACACCCAUCCUUCGAUCCUAUCCGAGACUAAUGGCGACAUCCCAACGGCGGAGUGGUCCGCCGUCGGCCAUGCAGCAACCGGAAAAUCAGGGCGCGUCAUCCACAACCUGCAGGAGGAGAUUGCACGGUUGACGCGCGAAUGCACGCUACAAAAGUCCCGCGCGGAGGAGUACCAACGGACGAAUGAGGCCUACAAGAUCCAACAACAAAACAUGAACGAACGGCUCCGCAAUCUCGAGCAAGUGAAUGACACGAACCUCAAUUCGAUCGCGCGCAAGGACCGCAAACUGGAGGAACUCCGGGCAGAGCUCCAGCACGAACGAAAUAGGCGCCAAGAUGCCGAAAAGGACGUCAGCCAAACGAAUCAUACCAUGUUCGAGGAACGCGAGAUGCACAAUCGUGAAUUAGCUCGGGCACAGGAAGUCGCCAAGUACCAUGAGACACAGUACGAGGUCCUCUCCAGCUCGAAUAAACGGGACAAGGCCGACUUUGCCAAACGGAUCAGUGCUGUUUGGACUGAGGUGGAGAGACUUGCCGGGGCUCAAACCACUCAUAUACAUUCCACCGAGAGGCUGGAGGUUCUGGCAGACCAGAAGAAUCGCGAGGUUGAUUUGCUCAAGGAGUCUUAUGAGAAACUACUGGCCAAGCAUACUGAGUAUAAAGAUAUGAAAGAAAAGGACUUCCGGGAUACCAUCGAUGCUGCCAAAUCAAAUAACUCAGCCAUCGAUUCAACUCUCGCCAAUGUCAAGGAGACUGAGACCGAGAUGAAAUGGGCUCUACGUCUGAAUGCCAGCCGUGAAGGGCAAUGA